AUGGAUGUGCCAAAUCCUCCAGAAUUGCAGUAUGUAACAUGCAGCAAACGAGAAGCUCGUAUUAACUGGAAGUCAAUGGGUGACAAUCGUGCUCCAAUUUUACGGUAUAUUACACAGUAUAACACUAGCUUCACUCCUGAUUCGUGGGAAGUAGCUGUGGAUUCUGUUCCUGCUACUGACAUGUCCUAUACGGUUGGUAUGAGUCCUUGGGCAAACUACACUUUCCGAGUGAUAGCUGUAAACAAGAUUGGUCAGUCACAAGCUUCACAACACUCCCUGAUGUGUUCGACAGCACCUGAUGUCCCCUACAAGAAUCCAGAUAAUGUGGAAGGGAAGGGAACAGAUCCAAGCAAUAUAGUCAUUAGUUGGACACCAAUGCCUGAGAUUGAACUUAAUGCACCAGGCUUUUCAUACCGUGUGUAUUGGAGACGCAAUAUUGAUGGAACACAGUGGACUUCCAGAGACAUAACAGACUGGCAGCAAUCACAGUUUGAAGUGACAGGACAGCCAACUUUCCAAGAAUACCGUAUUAAGGUUGUUGCCAUCAAUGAAAUGGGAGAAUCAAAUGUCUCCCCUUGGGAGGUCAUUGGGUACUCUGGAGAAGAUGUUCCAACCAUGGCUCCACAGAACUUCACAGUUGAAAAUGUGCAUGAUAGCACUAGUGCCUUACUUAGCUGGAUGCCUGUUCCACCAGAGUCAGUGCGUGGGCACUUCAAGGGGUAUAAGAUUCAGACAUGGACCGAGCGAGAUGGAGAAUCAGCAAUGCGAGAAAUUCAGGUGAAAGGAGAAUCGACACGAACUCUUGUUACCAAAUUUGUGCCACAUUCGAAAAACUAUGCUCGUGUGUUGAUUUACAAUGGCAGGUACAAUGGACCACCAAGUGACACACUUACAUUUCAGACACCCAAAGGAGUUCCAGGGACAGUACAGUAUUUUGAGGCAGUUCCAAUGGGUUCCUCAGCAUUUUAUCUCAUUUGGAAGAAACCUGAACAACCAAAUGGCAUUCUUACAGGCUAUCGAAUUUAUUAUCAGACUGUAGUUGGUACAAAAGUUGGUCCUCUGAUGGAGCGUGAACCUCCAGUCAGAGAUCCAAAGCAGACACGGGCAAAGCUAGCAGGUUUGGAACCAAAUACUAAGUAUCGGCUGCAUAUACGUGCAACAACUGCAGCAGGUGAGGGUGAAGAUUACUUUUUGGAACAGCGUACUAGAGGUCCAGCAGACAUCACACCAGGUGUGCCUCGCUAUACAUGGACUCGAUUACCUUCAGAUAAUGGUUAUGCUUCUGUCCGUGUGAAUUGGGUGCCUGAUAUAGCUGACGGACGACCUGGAUCCCAUUUCUUUGUUAAAUAUAGGCAAAAGGGUGAGACAAUGUUCCAGGAAACCAGCAGAGAGAUGAAUGAAGAUUAUUUAAUUGUAAGAGGCCUAAUACCAGGAGAAAUAUAUGAGUUUGUUGUGGUUUCUGUCGAUGGAGAGCGUCAGACAGAGAGUGAACCAGAAGAGGUGGAGACAUACACUGUUGAAGGUCCAAUCAUCCAGCCUAAGGAAAAUGUGGCUACAGCAGGAUGGUUCAUUGGAAUGAUGCUGGCAAUUGCUUUCCUAUUGCUAGUAUUGGUCAUUGUAUGUAUAAUAAAGCGGAAUCGUGGCGGAAAGUAUGCUGUUCAUGAGAGGGAAGCAGCACAUGGGCGCAGUGACUAUCCGGAUGAACCAGGCUUCCAUGAGUAUUCACAGCCGCUUGAUAACAAGUCACAUGGUCGUGGAUCAACUGCCAGUGAUCAGAAAGCUGCACCAGAAAGUGAUACGGAUUCAAUGGCGGAGUAUGGUGAUGGUGAUACAGAAGGUAUGAAUGAAGAUGGUUCUUUCAUUGGUCAGUAUGGUCGUCAGCAAAGGAAAGCAGAAACAGCAUCAGCGGGUGGCGGAUUUGCUACCUUGGUCUAGGUAUCCUGCAGAGGUAA